AUGGAUGAGAUAUUCAUAGGAAGUCCUUCUAAGAGGGAGAUAGAGAUGUAUCUCUUAAACAAGGAAUAUUCAUUGCUGAACAACAUCAAGCUUCGAGACGACAUACUAAGCAAAAGGGGAAUGGGAGGAUCUUCUGAGAAUGAGGCUGAACUGAAGUUCGAGUUUCUAAAAGGUGGAAAGCCAUGGGAGAAUGGUUUGGUACAGGUUGUGGAUGGCUCUAGUGAAAAGAGAAAAGCAUCGAUUGGAUAUCAAAUAAAAAACGGAAGAAAGACAUCAGGUGAGAAGGAUUUCAAUGGCAAGAUAGAAAAGAAGAGGAUUGGAACUAAAAAAAUUAUUGAAAGGAACACCAUCAAGAACUCUGGAUAUAGAUAUGUUACUCUUGUGUUUGUCGGAAGUAAUGAAUUUCCAAAGCCUGUAACUAAGAGGCACCGAAAGAAGGUCAGGUUCUGUGAUUCUGCAUGUCCUGGUGCUCACAACACCGGGAAGCCAUCUUCGAUAUUGCUUCCUGCAUCGAAGACAAGGAAGUUGCCUAGGACACGAAAGAAGGAAAAGGUCUUUGUGGAGAGUUUGGCAUUGGAUACUGAAAAUGAAUCUGAAGAACACAAAUGA